AUGUUCGGCGAAGAGUGUCACGUCGUCGACUCGUCGUCAGUUCUCGCCAUCGACCACCGGGACACGGUAGCCUGGGCUUCGUUUUCCUUGGCAAUCCGGUCACACAUCAUUCAGGUCAAUCGUACUUCAGUCCCUGGCACCAUCUAUCCGGGCAACAGCCACCACUGGCACACCACUGGCGACAGCACCAACGAUCGCCAGAGAAGACUUCGGGAGGAUUGGAAAGGCUCGCAUUCCCAUUACGCGGCCUCGGAGUACAUGGAGGGCGGGUUCAAGUACUAUGGCUCGUCAGCUGAUAUCGGCUGGGCUGACUACGAGUUCAAGGACAACCGAGAUCUCGAAGGGCAGUUCGCCUAUCCCGGCGACAUCAAUGCCGAGUCGUGGCACUUGAGCGACAGCACCGAAACACCAGCAGCAGCAACCGAAUUACCGGAGUUCAGCAAGCUGCCCGCCGAGCUGCGCAAGGAGAUAUAG